CCCGGGUAACCCGGAGCAGCGACGUGACAACACCGGCCGAAUCCCGACGCAGACUCAGCCGCGGCCGCCCGCCCUCUCCCCCGCAGGUCUCCUUGAUGAAUUGGAUAUAAUUCAUCCAAGAACCGGACGGAGAGACCCCACUCCGCCUCCGCAAGGAGUGCUCUUUUUGUCUCUCUCCGCCGUCGCUCCCGCGGCUCGUCCUCCUCGGCGCCGGCGGCCUCCGACCCCCCAAAAUCGUGGUCGCAUUGUGCUGGUCCAUUUGCAGACCUUGUGUGGACUUGAGGCAUCCAACUUCUGCUGAGAGAAGGUAAUAAUACCGCCCCUUGUAUAUGCCUUGUACCUGCUAUAUUUGGAUGCGCUUACCCCGAGAUUGAGGAUUCAUGUAAAAGUGGCGGAGACAGGCCCUGGGCAACCCAGGUCGCGGCCUGGGGCGUAGAACUUUUCUUCCUUGGUAAUUUUGGUGACUUGAAGAUUUGGCCCGGGUCUUGCUAUGUGGUAAUUUAGGUGAUUUCAAAUCCUUCUUCUAAACUUGGUGACUUUUAGUCAGCUUCCCCCAAAACUCACACCUGUAUUUACCUUGGAAAACAUCGUGAUCAAAACAUAACCUGUUUGUACAUGGCACGUGGGCUUGGCAUUAUAGUUUGCUUAAUUAUUACUCCCUCCGAUCCAUAUUAAUUGUUAUCUAGACGCUUCUUAGGCAUAGAUACAUCCAUAUUUGGGCAAAUUUGAGACAAUUAAUAUGGAUCGGAGGGAGUAGUUGCCAAGGAACAGACCUCAUAUUCGGAGUAAUAAGAAAUAACAAUUAUUGACUCUUCAUUCUUUAGUUGCAUUUACACCUGAGCAAUCUAUCUCUAAAUUUGGAAAAUAGUAAUCCACCUAGUUUAUGUAAGGAACGAACUAAACAAGCUUUUGAAUAUUGUUGUUUUGGCACGCCAUCUCCUGGUCUAUUUGUACAGGUGGACCCCAUCCAAUUGUUUUCAAGCAUAAUUAGUCACAUGCUAGAAAGGAGUAACAGAGUAUAAAUUGACACGCUGUGUCAUUUUCAUCAAAAAAAGAGACGAGUCAAUUAGGAUUCUGUUAGUUGUAAUCAAGCAGGCCUCCUGGUUUUAUUCUGUUUGUUUUGACCUGGUGCAAGUGGACAUACAAAGUAGCAGGAAUCACGAUUGUAAUGUUCCUGAGCACUUCUAAUUUAUGGGUGCCUGCGUGCUUAAAGGGCAGCAUGAGGCAUCACCCAACGUCAGGUUUGGAUGGCCAUUCAUUGCUGUCAGAUAUAAAAGAGGCAAUCGGUGGUGGUGGUCUGUCGCCUCCCCGCCUCCUUCUAUUGUAAAAACUUCUCAUCUUCUUCUAAUGCAAACAAUUUAAUCUGUAAUUAAGAUAGUGAUGAUGUUUUUAUCAAAACUGAGAUAACAUUACUAUCAAAUGCUACUAAUAUAUAAUAUUAUUUUAAAUCUAAUUUAUCCUCAGCAAACUGUGUAAUUCAUUUUUAUCCGUAGCCACGCGAGGGUAUUUAGCUAGUUGUCAGAUGUGCCUGCGCAGGUUGAACACUCUCUUGCCCCUUGCUGUUGCAGGAUUCUUGCCUCCAUGUAAAUUCAUUUGGCAUCCCUGAUUUACAAUCCUUUUAUCUAUUUUUAUGGCGGCACAAGAAUAGGCGCUCUCUCCUGGAUCCCAUGCAAACAAUGAGUACACACACCUGGCCUGAACACUUCUCCUGUAGUAAGAAACCUCAUUCCUGUUGCAUGCAAAACAACUGGAGGCAUGUAUGACUAAAACUUCUGCCUCAUCAUCCUGAGCACCGAAACUGAGAUUCCUUUGCAUCUAACUUCUCUGGUUUUUAACGUGGCAACUAUUUUUAUCCUGAAUAAAAUAUGUACAAAUUCAGUAGCGUUGGUAGGCAUAUCCAUAUCAUCUCUAUGCUCUGUGCUUGCAAUGCAGGGUAGUCACCAUUUCUCUGUUGCUCAACUAACUUGUUUCAGGGCCUACCAUGCUUCCCUUGCUCAACUGCUCUACUUGGGAGGCCGAAUGCAUGGCGUUUCAUAUUAGUGUUACUUCAUGUUGGAGAAUUCAACUAUGAGUGUUCUAAAAAUUUAAUCUAGUGGUGCAUAUGCACAGCUCCAUAGUGAUUCAGCUUUAUAAGGUGUGCUUUGAUGGCCCCUUCUUCGAAUCAUGUUGCCGUCACUGGGUUUAAGGUAUGCCGCUACCGGAUCACCCUCCCAACAUUUUUGCUACUGGAUUUAAGCGCCGCCGAGCAGAGGAUUGGACUGGGAACUGAGUAGAGGAGCUAGGAGAACCUGUUGCCGAUGCAACGCUGGUAUUGAUGUAGCUGGUUCCUCAUUUCUAGUGCUGGCAGUGGUGGAAGACGUCCAACCAGUUUAGUUACGGCAAGAUAGGAUAGAGAUGAUUAUGAACUUAUGUUUAUAUUAUACUGGGCUGGUUGGGAUAGGCCAUGUCAGCAGCAUGUGUACAUAUCAGUUUGACUUUUUCCUCUAUAUCAUUCUGUUUUGAGCUGUAGCCCUGAUUUCUAUGUUCACUAUAUCAGACAGCAACUAAUAUGUUCAACUUUGCGGUUUGUGCCUGCCUGCCUUCUGCCUAAGCUUUCUUGAAGCUUGAGCACCAGAAACUUAAUUUGAUAGAUCAUUUCUAGAAGGUAAUCAAUGUAGUGCGCCAUCCAUUCCAUGACAUUAAAUCAGUGCACCUCGAGUUCCAAUCCAAUCUCCCAAUAAAUGACAGUUGUGUGAGAUCUCUAAUGUUGUCCCUACUUGCUGUGGAAUGAAAAGUGUGGUUCUAUCUUCUAUAUUUAGAAAGCAAUAUUUUGGUUGAAUAGUUUGUUGUAAGAACAGCUGAUUCAGUGUAUAUAGAGGAGCACUUGUACGUUUAUUUAUUUAUUUAUUUUGGUUACAUUGAUUUAGUGCCUAGAGCCAAGAGGCAAGGUUUGUGCUAUAUAUGCUCUCAGUAUGCAUCGGCUAGGCUACAUAUUUCUUUUAAUGACUAAAGAGGUAAGCAUAAUAUCAGCAUUUGUACUUCAAGAUAUAUGAUGUUAUUGCAAUGCAUAAUAAGCACUUCGGAACAUAGAUUUCAGCGCUCUAUGUAAUGUGUGUAUUAUUUUGUUCUUAUUUCAUAAUUCUCUAGCAGACCUAGAAAUUUCCCUCUUGACCAGAUACUUAUUCAAUUAUACUCUUUAACUGUUUUCCUGUGCUGUUAGUGUAGGACUGGUUUGAACCAAGCGCCAUGUCUGAAGGAUGGCUUAUGAAGUAGAGACUAGAAAGUGAUCCUUCAGGGCUUGCUUUGACCACUAUAUGGUCUAGCAGGCGAUGUGGUGCAAGAAAUCAUCCAAUGAUUUUGUGGAAAUUGUUACCAGGAGGAGAACACAAAGUUUCAAGAUGAUAGCUAAAAUCAUCCAAUUUGUGAUAUGUUGUCGCUGAUACGCUGUUUGGAUUAGAUGUCGCAAUAUCAAUGUAGUAUUUCCGCUCUUUCUAUAAGCUAAGAGAUGAAUUUUCUAGAAUUCUUUUUUUCUUGAUUGUCAGUUAAGAGAGUUUUGGACUGUCUGGUAUUCUAAUCCAAAGUUAAUCAGAUUUAUUGAUAGGUGCCACUGUUAACUCCUGAAAUUCCCUGUUCUUAUGGUAAAUUUAGGCUUUUUCCAUUCAGUGGUAGACUGGUAGUAUACCUUUGAACUGGAUUUAUUGUCGGUUCCUCAGUCUGAAAAUCUUUAUUCCAGGAAUUAAGGAUCGAAUCAACUUCUUGGUCUCAUCCAAUAUAUAGAGACGAGCAUUUCAUGGUCAUCUUGUUUCAAGAGCUUUGAUAUUAAUGGGUUCAAAGAGGCUACCCUUUGGGCUCAUGUCAGGAGAAUAUAGCUGCAGCAAGCAAUAUGAGUGGCAACAUUUGACCCUUUGUCAAGCAACAAGGGAGCAGCCCCAUGUUGGUGCAAACUUGAACUACCCUGUGGAUGCACCCAGCAGGACUGAGAGGGGCAGCCCUUCAUUUGACAGUGUUUGUGAUUAUGCAAAAGGAGCUGAUGGACAUAUUCAUGCAACAGUAGGCCGAUGCAAGGAUUUUCCAUUUAACUGGGGAAGUAGCACUCAAACUAGGUAUUAUCAAGAGGACAUAUAUCUUCCAACUUACUUCCUGGGUGGCCAUUUUUCUGAGAUAGAUGAAGCAAAGCAUCGGGCCUACAUGGAUAGUUUCCACACAAAAAGUAAACCUGAUCACACUUCAGCUGGUCAGUUGUGUCAUAGAGAUGAAGUAAGCAAACCUCUCACCAAGAAGAAGCCAUUUGAUGAAUUACACACUAUUGAUCCUGGGCGACUUGAGCUUCCUCCCAGCAAGGAUUUUCAUUGUGACUUGGACGUUAGUCAAAAUUGCCGGAAGGCUUUUCACGGCAAGAUGUCACGGACAAAACAGGCAAGACAGAGUUCCCAGAAAAACAGUACUAAUAGGGCUUGUGUUAGUAGACAUGGGAGAAGCAGUCGCCAGAAAAGGUAUGGUGAUCAGCUCUCUGUGCAGGAAGAUGAGAAGAGUCGCCAGAAAAGGUAUGAAGAUCAACUGGCUGGAGAGAAAGCUAAGAAGCAGAUUACUUGUAAGGAACAGAAACCACCUCUGCAUCAUGAGGUACAUCAUGGUGGUUCCGAUGUGACAAGAAAUGAUAACUGGGAGGGAAAUGCUGAAACAGCCAGUGGAGUAGGUCAUAAUGGAGCAAAAGGGAUAUUCCACCCAACAAAAAAUAUUCGAACUGCCGCUACUUGUCUUGGUUCAAAAAAGUCUAAUGAAAACUCAGAAUUGGUAAGUCCCAAGUACAGCAGCAAAUCCAUUGCUUCAUCGAACAAACCAAAACAGAGUGAAGGAAGUAGCAACGAGAAGCUAGGAUCUGACAAGCAGCUCAGUGUUGUUGGUUGCACCAGCAAGCUAGAAUCUGAGAAGCGGCCCAGUGUUGUUGGCUGCACUAAAAAACUUCAAAAGGAGAGAACUGGAGAGUUUUCAAUGCAUAACCUGCAGAAUCUUCCAGUCACUCGUAUGGAGAAGAUCGUACACACAGAAAAUUCAAAUGAUAAUUCUCCAUCUGAAUUACUUCGUGAAUGUUUGGAAAUUUGGAGAAGAAGAAGAUUAAGGAAGGCUACUGAUGCUGAAGCUGAAAAGCUAGUACAAACCGAUCAAACAGUUAUUGUGAGGCAUGGAAGAUCUGCUACUUCUGGUAGCUCAGAAAGCGCGGAUGAAAAUGACGUUGAGUUGGAGGAUUCUGAAAAAUGUGGAAGUGGCACAUCACCUGAUGGAGUACAAAAGCAUGGUCAAGGAAGAGCUAAGAGAAACUCGAAGCAGUCUUUCCGAUGCCCUAGUGGCAGCGAUUGCAAGAAAAACUUGCAAAACAAAAUGGCCAAGCAAGGGCUGAUCUGCAAUCUGGAGGUUCCACCAGCACUAGAACCAAAUCCAUGUGAAAUCAGGCAGCAAAAAGAACAUAAUGAACUAUCAACUGCUCAUCAAGAUGCCACGAGACAAAUUAGCCAGAACAGCUGUUCUGAUACUAGCAUGAUACAAACCAGUCUGAACAUCUGUUUAGAUAGUAGCAAGGGGGGUCAAGCAGCUGCUUCAUGUCCUGAUAGUAGUGCGUAUCAGAAAGUUACUCAGCACAGGGAAACUCAUGAUCAUUUGGAUGCUAGGAGAAAAUAUAAACUCGGUGUCUGCUGUGAAAUUAAUAAGAAAGCAGAAGGUGAUGGUGUGUGUGAACAGAUGGCCUCUUUGAUAACCGAUCCAACACAUCUGGAUGAAGAGAGCGUUGCUGUUUGCUCACCGCAUGAUGGUAAUGUGAAGGUCUAUGGGUCAGAUUGUUCCAAUCAGGGCAUUGAAACAACUCCUUCGUUCAGUGCAUUAAAAUUGGAUAAAGGGACCCAAAACAAUUGCCAAAAGAAGCCUGUCAAUUGGUCGAGUGGAAGUGAUUGUAGAGACAUACAAAAUUGCUCUAAGGCAGGUGAUUGUGGAGGCAUCCAACAGGAUACCAUGAAUUGCAAAACAGACAAACAACUGGCGUCAUCUCUGGUAGAGCCUGAAAAUAAUGUUUAUAAGAAAAGGAUAAAUGAGGAUCAUCAGCCACAUCAAGUUGAAGUGACAUCAAAUCAACAGACAUUCCAUCAAUGUGUUGCUAGACCAGCUGAUCGCACUUCAGGUUUUGUAAUUCCAGACUUGAAUUGUUUACCCAGUAUGAUAUCAGAUGAAGAAUUUGAGUCAUCGGAGGAAGUGAUUAAUCAGGCAACUGGGCACAUUUCAAAACCACAGGAUCCUAGUCAUAUCCUUUCAGCCUUCAGUGAGGCUGCUGUGCAGGAAGAACAGUUGAAGGAACCUGAGAAGAAUGAAUUUGUCGGAGGAACUUGCCGAAAGGAGGUUGCAAAUGUGUCGCGAAUCUCCGAUUCGCAUAGUGGACCACCAAAACAAACUACAAUUGAAGAAAGUAGCACGUCGACCCAUGCGUUCAAAUUUGCCCUCGUCGAAUUCGUAAAAAAUAUCUUAAGGCCAUUGUGGGAAGAUGGCCUCUUAUCACGGGACGUUCACAAAAUUAUAGUGAAGAAAGCCGUGGAGAAAGUGACUGUCACGCUGGGCCCGAAGGUUCCUGGUGCACAAGCAGCCAUCUGUCGUUUUCUAGCAGAGGAAUCUCAAAGUGUGGAAAAACUCGUUCAGGAUUACUUGGAUGUAUACCUGGGAAAGGAAGUUCUUAAAAGGAAUGUGCGUCGUGGCACCUGACCAGUUCCUGGAAACCCCAUGUAGCCUCAGCCCGGAGUAAUUCCCAAGUUUUUCCCUGCUGACUGCACAUUCCUUCAUUUCCAUGGGUAGCUUCAAAACACAAGUAGGGAUCAAAAAGGGAAUGUAAUCCGUCUAGAACUAUCAAUAUGUAGGGAUGUAAUGCAAUGGGGCGCAAAUGUCCACGCAGCCCAAUUUUGGUUUGUAAUGCACGUGGUCAGUCUGUACGUCUAUAAUCCAAGGCCGAAAAUGUGUAGGUAGACAGAUUUGGUUUGUAUCGAACACUUUGAUCGCAGCAAA